AUGUCAAUAGAGAAUUACGAGAGUGAUUCGGAUGAAUUUGAACAAGUUAUAACUCUAAAAAAAGCAAAAGAAUUAUUGAAGAGUCCACGUUCUCGUCAAAUUAUUACACUUGCAAGUUGUGGUAAAAAAGUUGGUGUUUGUGAAGUAGGGGACCCGGAAGGGUUUCCAGUUCUUUGGUUUACAGCAAUGUCAACAUUAUUAUAUCAUAAAGUAGCCAAGAAACAUAAAAUUAGAUUAAUUUCAGUUGAUAGACCAGGAUAUAAUGAUAGUGAUGAUAUUUAUUCACAACCUGGUGUUCCUGAUUUAUUUGAAUUUGCUGAUAUGAUUAAUGAAUUAACUUUAAUAUUAAAAAUGUGGCAAUUUGGAUUUAUGACAUUUUCAUUGGGAGCAGUUUAUGGAUUAGCAUAUUCUCUUAAUUUUCCUGAAAGAAUUAAAGGUCCAAUAUUUUUAAUUAGUCCUUGGUUAUCUACUAGUACACCUGGUAUAGCAAAAUUUGCUCCAAAUUUUCUUAUACGUACAACACUUAGUACUUUACCACAUAUGAGUAAUUUCUUUAACAUGUGGAGUUUGGGAUCAUCAUCACUAUUUUCAUCCUCAUCUUUUGAUGAUGACAGAGAAUCAGAUAACAGUAAUGAUGAUAAUGAAGAAGAUUUAAUUUUUUCAAUAUCAUCAGGUCGAAGAUAUAUACAUAAAGAAAUUUAUGCAAAUGGACUUUGGAAUCUACAAAAUAGAACAGGUGCACAUAUUGAUGCAAUGGUGGCAUUGGAGAAAAUUGAUUGGGGUUUUCGUUAUGAAGAUACAACUUAUCCAAUUCAAGCUUAUGUAGGAGAUGAAGAUGAUAAUGUACCAUUACAAGCUUGGUUAUAUAUGAGUAAUAAAAUGAAUAAUGUUAAUUUAAAUAUUAUUAAAGGAAGUGGUCAUUAUUUAUUAUAUAGAAUGGAUUUUAUGGAAGAAUUAUUUACAGACAUUAAAAAAGCUGUUGAUUUAGAAGAUAAUUUACUAUAUAAUAUCAAUAUUAAUGAUUAA